AGUAACACUGAGGCAGCAGUUGCAGGCGGGCGCCGCUGGAGAGACGAGAUGCACCCGCUACUAGCAGCGCUGUUGGUGCUUGCGGGCUUUGCAUUUCCCUCGAAUGCAAACUCCACGGAAAUUUAUCAUGGGAAUGACAGCAGCAGGGCCGAUUGGGCAAACGAGCCGGAGGACGCGGGGCCCCCCGCGUGCACCUGCGACGCGGAGACGCUCGACUGCGGCAUGGCGGGGCUGCGCCGCCUCAACCUGAGCGAGCACCGCUGCGCGUGGCCCGUGCGGCGCGUGGUGCUGCGCCAGAACGCGCUGCGCGCGCUGCCGCCGCUGCCGGAGUCCGUGGAGGACGUGGACGUGUCGUGGAACGCCUUCGCGCAGCUGCCGCGCGCUGCGCAGCUCAGCGCCGGCACCAGGGCGCUCAACGUGGCGUGGAACGGGGCCUCCAGCGCCGGCGACGAACUGCACUCGCUGCGCUCGCUCGAGGAGCUGCGCGUGGAGGGCAACCGUCUGGCGACGCUGCGCUUCCUGCCGUCGCCGUGCGCGCUGCGCGUGCUGCGCGCGGGCGACAACGCGCUGUGGCAGCUGGACGACGCGCUGGGCCGCUGCGAGCGGCUGCGUGAGCUCGACCUGUCGGGCAACGUGCUGGGCGCGGCGUCGGCCGGCGUGCUGGCGCGCCUGCGCCUGCUCGAGGAGCUGCGCAUCGCGCGCUGCCGCCUGGCGCUGCUGCCGCCGGCCGCCUUCCAGGGCCUGCGCAACCUGCGCGCGCUCGACCUCUCCGACAACGAGCUGCAGGUCCUACCCCUGGGUGCCAUCCAUCACCUGGACAAGCUCCGAAACCUCUACAUCCGUGGCAAUCGACUUCGAGUACUUCCGCCGGAAGCGACUUUCUCCAGAUUCCCGCUCCUGGAGGACCUUCAUCUUUCCAGCAACGCAAUCAGCGUUCUCUCGGAGAACACGUUCGCCAACUUGACAUUCCUAGAAACUCUGGAGCUAGAUUCCAACCGCCUGCACUCUCUCCCGCCAGGCAUUUUUUCCGGCCUCAUCAACCUGCAGCGCCUCGUCCUAUCCGGUAACCCGCUUCCCGCAGCGAGCCUCGUUGAGUUGGCACCACUGCGCAACUUGAAGUCCCUGUACCUGGACCGCUGCGCAAUCCGUGAGCUCCCUUCACAAGCAUUCGCCGCCCAGCGUCGGCUGAGCACCCUGAGCGCCUGCUGCAAUAGGAUGCAUUCCGUGUCAGAAGACGCAUUGCAGGGCCUCUUGCAACUACGUAGCCUGAAGCUCAAUAAUAACAGCUUGGAUGCGCUGCCUGAUAACCUCUUCAGAGAUGUGCCAGGUUUGAAGGUGCUUGACGUGUCCCGCAACCGCCUACAUGCACUGCCAACGGUCAUCUUUACACAUCUCCGUUUUCUUUCCAUUCUGGACGCUUCAAGCAACCGCCUGCGCGCGCUGCCUGCGCUGGACGAGUGCUGCGCGCCGCCGCGCUCCGCCAUGUUCCAAGACAACGAGCUGCGCGCGCCGGACGCCGCUGCGCUCCACUCGUGGCUGCGCGCGGGCGGCGAGUCCACGCUGCUGGAUCUGCGCGCGACCAACGCGCGCUUCGACGUCGACCGGCUGGCCGCGGCCCUCGACACGCUGCGCGCCUCCGAAGACGUGCGGGUGGUGGUGGACCCCGCGGACUGCGCGUGCGGGGGCGUGAGCCUUGUCCGCGGAGGUGCGCUGGUGCAGUUCUGCGUGGACACGCCGUGCGCCUUCGACGUGCCCGGCGUCCCCACCGACUGGACGGUCGUCGUCCUCCGGGCCGCGGCCUACUCGCGCGUCGCGACGGUCGUCGCCAUGCUCGAAGCGUCCGGAGACGCCGCCGCAACCUCCGCUCCAAGCCAACAUCACGCUUCGUUCCCAGCCAAUGGGUUAGCGAACGCCUAGGCAUGACGUCGUCAUGAACGCCGCAGCGUUUUUCGUCGUCAUCGCCGCCGUGGACAUCGUCUCGGCCGCCGUGAGCAACUUCACGGUUUUCAUGCUCAUCGUCAUGAGCGCCUUCUUCAUCAUCCCGACCGCCGUAGUCAUCGUUACGGUCGACGUGGUCGUGGGCGCCAUCGUCAUCAUGGCCGUCGUCGUCAUCGUCACUGCCACCGUUAUCAUUGUUAAAGCUUCCGUCGUCAUGGCCGCUGUUGUCAUCGCAAUGGGCGCCGUCGUUGUCGUGAUGGACGCCUUCGUCAUAUUGGCGCUGUCGAGGAUGUCGUCACGGCCGCCGCCGCAUUCAUCUUUCCAAAUGCCAUCACCAUCACCGUCAUAUCUAUCGUUGUAGCGGAUAGCAUCACCAUGUUCGUGUCAGCAGCGAUUUCGCCUUCUCAUUGGAAUUGCACUCGGCCUUCUUACGUAGCCCACAGACGAUUCUGAAACUGGUGCUCCUAAUUAAAUUAUCCAGGCACCUAUGAAUCACUUUUUAAUCUACACUCUGUAUAGAUCCGGGGUGUAUUACUAUGAAAUAAUCGUCAGUUGUGGCCUUCUAGAUCCACUGACUUGCUACUGAUAGUAUACAUAUUUAAUAGAUCCCUGUGCAAUCUAACCAUUGUGGUUAUUAAUACCUUUGUAAUUUUCAGGGGAAAUCGUAAAUUCUGAAAGCUUGAACUCUGAAAGCUUAUAUCACAUUUCCUGGCAGUAUAUUUAAUGUUUUUAAGUCGAGUCCAUUAAGUAAGUUUUCUUUUGUAAUGAAACCGUAUUUAAACCGGUUUUAUAAAGAAACCGUUCACCGUAUAUAAAUCUGACCCCUGGUAGCACUGUUAUGUAGAAAUUUAUAUGCAUUAUGUUACAAAAAUGUAGUAAUUCUUACGUGUGUCGCUGUUCACUGCUCCAAAGAAAUUUAAGUAAUUUUCAGUUAUUGAUUUUGGAGAAAUGUCGUCAAUAUUGAAAAUAUACAGUUGUGGCUCAAUUUGAUUAGCAGAUAGUUCAUCAUACGGUUUACGAAAGCAUUCAUUAUUCUUAUUUAAUUCCAAUGAACACAAAAUUUAAAAAUUAUUUUUUUAAUAAUUACUUCGUCUUCUACCUAUGAUUUUUGUGUCACUAAGCAUCCUGUCUUAUAUAUUAAUAAAAUAUCUCCUUUAAAUAACA